AUGAUACCCUCACCAAGCUUGACCGCCUUGUUGGCGCUUCUAGCUCUCAGCCUCCCCCUGCUCGCUACCCUCAUUCCCACAGCCUCUGGCAGCAUCGCUGACCAGGCCAUAAGGCGCACCUUUGCUCCCAGGUUCUUCAACGCUACCAAUCUGGAUGCCUGCAAAGCCAUCGAGGCUGCCAUCGACCGCACCGCAACGCCAGUCUCGACCCUCGAAUACUUUGGCGGCUUCAACUACUUGCUCUCGACCGGGCGGUACAUCAGCUCGGCAGCCAACACUCCCACUUGCGUCUUCAUCCCUACCACGCCCAAGGACCUCGCCAGCGCCGUCAAAAUCAUUGGCCAGAAGCGAGUCUCCUUUGCAGUCUCGAGCGGCAGACACGCCUCCAACGCUGGCUUCUCCUCCACCACUGGCGUGGAAAUCAGCCUAAAGGGCUUCCAGCACGUUACGCUCAGUCAAGACAAGUCUUACGUCGACGUAGGAAGCGGCAAUAUUUGGGAUAACGUGUAUGCCGCACUGGAAGGAUCUGGCUACAACAUCGUGAGUCCCAUCGACGUGUAUCCAAUCCACGCCCUCCAUCGCGGUUGCGUGCGCUAAUCAGCAUCCCUCACAAUCUGCUGGCUCACAGGUCGGAGGACGCGUGACUGGCGUAGGAGUUGGCGGCUUCAUCACAGGUGGAGGCGGUUUCAGCUGGAAGACGAAUCAGUACGGUCUGACCAUCGACACGCUCCUGCAAGCAGAUCUAGUCACACCCUCUGGCAAAGUACAAAGCGUCACCGCUGCUUCUGACCCGGAUCUCUUCUGGGCCAUCAAGGGAGGCGGCAACCGCUUUGGGGUGAUCUACAAUUUCAGGUUGAAGAGCGUUCCUCAGGUCGCGCAGGUAUGGGGAGGCUUGAGAACUUACACCCAGGAUCAGCUCGACAAUGUCGUUCAGGCGACGUACGAGUGAGUCGAUCUCGAGAGCAAAAAGACGAGCAGGUCUGCUUUUCAACGCGUCGCUCACGGUCUCCUGAUUGGGCUUUCGGCUGCAGCUUUGCUGUUCACAACAAAGAUCCCAAAGCGCAGGUGAUCCCAACCAUCAAUCACGUGCUGGGUCAACCCGGUGUGUCUUUGCUGGCCUUUUAUGACGGUCCUACGCCGCCUGCCGACGUCUUUGCCGCGUUCAACAAGCCCGGCUUCAAUACCUUUACUUCUGACUGGAAAACUCGAUCCUUCGGCGAUCUUGUGCGCUCGUCGCCUUCGAACGCCACAGCUGGUCAGAGAGGUGCUUUCCACUCUGUCACUUUCAAGUCCUAUUCUAUUCCCAUCUUGCAGCAAAUCGUCAACCAGACCCGCUAUUACGGCUCUGAGCAGCCUUUCCACUCUGGCGUCUUCACUUCGUACGAUGUGGAGCCCUUCCUGCCCAACUAUGCGGCAGGCACGAACAAAGGAGGUGCUUGGCCCCACGACCAAUCUCCACUACCUCUAAACAUUUACUUUACGUGGCUGAACCCUCUCGACGAUGCAUUCUGGGCCAAGGAGAUCAAAAAAACGGCAGCCCUCUUGCGAGCCCAAGCUGUCAAGGAGGGCCAAAACCUUGACGAUGUCUACUUGUACCCCAAUUACGCGAUUGCGGGCACCAGUUCAAACAAAGUCUAUGGUCCCCAGAGCGCACAGAGGCUUCGAACGCUCAGGAAGAAGUACGAUCCAAAGAACGUUAUGGGCUUGACCACGUACUUCGAGUUCUGA